AUGGAGUCCAGGGUCAGGGGCAUGAUUGCUCUACUAGAAAAAAUUGCACUAGAAAAAGUUGGGUUCGUGCUGGCAGAAGGUGGGGGUGAGAAACUGUCACCAAGACCAAGAUCACCAAUAUCCACUUCGUUGGAGGAUGAGUCCAUUGUGCUCGGCAGGGAUGAAAUUCAGAAGGAGACGGUGAAGUGGUUGCUUUCUGACAAUACAACAGGCGAAAAAAUGGAGGUGAUGUCCAUAGUGGGCAUGGGCGGCAGCGGCAAGACCACGCUUGCUCGGCUUCUCUAUAACAAUGAGGGAGUGAAGGAACACUUCCACUUGAAAGCAUGGGUCUGUGUUUCCACUGAGUUUCUUCUUAUCAAGGUCACCAAAACAAUUCUUGAGGAAAUUGGUUCUAAAACUGACUCUGACAACCUAAAUAAGCUUCAGCUUGAACUUAAAGACCAACUUGGUAACAAGAAAUUUAUGCUUGUUCUCGAUGACAUCUGGAAUUUGAAGCCUCGUGAUGAAGGUUAUAUGGAGCUUAGCGAUCUUGAAGGUUGGAAUAGUCUACGAACUCCACUCCUCGCUGCAGCACAGGGAAGCAAGAUUAUCGUGACCAGUCGUGAUCAAUCUGUUGCAACAACCAUGCGUGCAGUCCGCACUCAUCACAGAGACUCCAACGCAUUCCUUGAGCUUGAACCCAUAGGUAGACAGAUUGUGGACAAGCGCCAAGGAUUGCCUUUGGCUGUAAAAGCACUCGGUUGUCUCUUGCGCUCUAAGGUCGAAAAAAGGGAAUGGGAGGAUGUCUUCGACAGUGACAUAUGGCAUCUGCCGAGUGGUCCUGAAAUUCUUCCAUCUUUGAGAUUGAGCUAUCAUCAUCUUUCUCUACCUCUAAAGCAUUGUUUUGCAUAUUGUUCAAUUUUUCCCCGGAACCAUGAAUUCGACAAAGAGAAGCUGAUUUUAUUAUGGAUGGCAGAAGGCCUUUUACAUCCACAGCAAGGCGACAAAAGAAGAAUGGAAGAGAUAGUUUUUUGUGCUCAAGAAGAAGAUGAUGAUAGGGUACCAAAAGUAUAUGAGAAGACUCGUCACUUUUUGUACUUUAAAAGUGAUUAUGACCGACUGGUUACAUUUAAAAAGUUUGAGGCUAUUACCAAAGCUAAAUCUCUUCGCACAUUCUUAGAGAGUGGAUUAAGAAUCGGAGAAUUAAGGGAGCUUUCAGAGAUUCGAGGAGCACUUUAUAUUUCAAACAUGAAGAACGUCGUGAGUGUUAAUGAUGCAUUACAGGCUAAUAUGAAGGAUAAGAGUUAUCUUGAUGAGUUAAUCUUGAAUUGGGAAUCUGGUUGGGUUACAAAUGGUAGUAUUACACAACAUGAUGCUACAACUGAUGAUAUACUCAACAGUUUACAACCUCAUCCAAAUUUAAAACAACUCUCCAUCACAAACUAUCCUGGUGCAAGAUUCCAAAUUGGCUUGGAGAUUCUUCAGUACUCUUGA